UAUAAUCUAAGGCGGACGUUUGUUUCCCUCGCAAACAAUUUACGUUUAUUCUUCUAUCCUUUUGGAGCCACUAAAGCACGCACGCACGCACUUACACACCCCCUCACUGAAGGUAUGUGUGCGAGUGUGUGGAUGUGUCGGUGAUAUAUGCAAUGGGGCAAUUUGUGUAGUGACAAAAAAAAUUGUAAGGCAGACACACAUUUCUGUAACGCAUGUAGUCAGUCGUACGUACAUAUGAUGGUAUCAACUAAGCAAGCGAACAUGUGUGUGUCCAUGUGUUGGUUCGUUUGUUUGUUUGUUUGUUAGAUUGCCCUUAAGUGUGUGAGCCCCUCUGAGUGGGUCUCUGUGCCACUAUGCGCUCGAUUAUGAAGAGGAAAAACGUGCGUGUGUGUAUGUUGUGUAUGAUGUUUUCAAAUUGAAUCAAAUCCUAAAAUAAUUGUGCACAAAUAUAACAAGUUUUCCAAGUGGAAAAAAAAUAAUAAGAAAAUGUGGUUGGUGAGAAAAUAAAUUCAUGGUGAAUAUUAAACACACACACAUACAGAAAACAUGUAAAAAAAAAGAAUGUAGAAAAAUUUUAUAAAAAUAUUACAUUAGCAAAAUUCUCAAAAUUUUAAAAUAAAAUAACCAAACCAAAAAGUGAAAAAUUUUAAGUGUAAUUUUUAAGCCUCAAAAUAUAAAAAUUUUAUUUUAUGCAAAAAAAAAUUCUCCAAUUCUGGAGAAGAGAAACCAGUUUGCGAGCCAUCCUUGGAGCAAGCAAGAAAGAAAAAUCCAUACGACCCAGUCCCAGAGCAGCCAAUCUGUAUGCAGACUAGAGCUGCUGGCAACGGUGUGACAGGAUGCUAUCACCAGCAAUCAUCUUUAAGUAAAGUUUUUGUGUGUGUGCGCGUGGGGUGGGGACUAAGAUAACAAGCAUUACAAAACUACAACUACAACAAAUAUCAACGACAAUAAUAACAACAGUAACAACAACAAAAAGAAAAUCUCUUUAGUAACAAUACCUACAAAAUAUAAACUUUGGGUUCAGUGUGAUUUUGUUUUGUCUCGUUGGCUUGCUUCCUUGCUUGUUUGUUGGCCCCUGUUGACAAAAGGCGUUAUUUUUUUUUUUUUGCUUAUCCUUUUAUCCUUUGCUUGGUGGGGAGCUAAAAAGAAAUCCUGUAUAUCCUUUCAAUACCAACAACAACAACAAUACAACACUGUUAACAUAAAAAAGGCGAACGAAAAGCAAACGAAGUAAAUAUUUAUAAAAUAAAAAAAACGUAGAAUAAAAGCAACAACAUAUUCAGCAACAUUGCAAUCAACAUAACAGCAACAGCAAAAACAACCAUAACCCUAGUAAUACCAACAACAUCAGCUUUCAAAAGUGCGUAUGGGGUUGCUUUAGCUCAAAGAUCAACCAAAACUUUGGACAUCGCUUUCGUCCUAACUGUGAACUGUCUGUAAGGCCCUUCUUGUUGCCAUUGUUUGGGGUGGUGGCUGUUGACAGAGUGUUGACGUUGUUCACAACAAACGCAGCGUUGCUUUCGUUUACUCCAUUGUUGUUGCUUAACUCGGCCUCAUCAUCAUGACCCGCUUUAAAAUAAAAAACCUAAAAAUUCUCUCCUGUUGCCUCAGCAUAUGGUUUGUCAUAUUUGGGGCCCUGCAAUUGGUUCGUUGUAGUGAAUUUCCUGAACGGGAGUGCUGCGACCUCACAACUACAUCCACAGUCAGUCCAUUGCCUGUGCCGCCGGCAGCAUUGCCCACGGAUAAAACGUUGUCAGCGACAACAGCCGUACAGACAAUAUCAGUUGGCCGAUCAGGUUCUAACAUAAAAGUCGCUUCGGCUAUAUUGAAUUGUAUAUUAGCACGUCAAUUAUGUUUUGAAGAUCCCUCAUGUUCAGCAAUAUUAGAAAUAAUACCCAGAGUAUGCGGUCCAAUACCAGUAUCCUGCAGCACGGUAACUGUUACCAAAUGCCAAGCGGCUCUAAGAACCCUGCAAGCCUUUCAAUUCUUUCGUCCCACGUGCCUGUGCAAGGAGCCGGGUAUGGAUCCCGAUUGUAAUCAUUUUCGAGAUUUCCUAUUCGAUCAUCCUUGCGGUUUUGUGCUCAAAAAAGCCGAAAAGGAUCCAUAUCCUAUCGAUGCAUUACCGACCUGUAAUCAUGCCCUAUCGGUGUGUCAGCAAGAACGUAAAUGCCUCAAGCUCUUUGAAGAUUUCAAAACACACUGUAAAGUUAGAGACAAUAAAUGUAAAAUGGAGAGUAGAGAUGCCUGUCAUGAUUCAUGGACAAAUCUAAGAUUAUCGCCCAUGUUUGGUUGUAUAUGCCCCAAUAAUCAUAUGAAGAAACGCUGUGAUCGUAUAUUUAACAUAGUUAAUCACAAUCCGUGUGUGGACAGAUUAAUAUUCUUUCCCAAUGGCUUGACACCCAAGCUGAAGCAACAAUUUAAGCUGGAGAAACUCAAGAAAAAGCAACAGCGAAAGCAAGCCAUCUCCUCUUCUUUUGCUUCGAAUGCCAGCAACUCUGGCAGGACAACAUCAUUAAAACAAAGACAGCAGCUACAGCAACAUUUUAACACCAGCCAUCAUUACCAGCGUCAACCAUAUGCUGGCCAUGCCGAAGAGAAUGGUUCACGCUUUGGCCACGGCCAUGGUCCUGCUGCUGGGGAAAGUGACAAUCUUAAUAAUGACAUUGAAGACUUCCGCAAGGACUAUCAUCGCCAACAGCAUCACUUUGAUAAUCGCGACGAUUAUAUGGAGACAGGUGACGAUGAUGUUUUCCCCAUCCGCCAUGGCCAGGGGGGCCAAGCUAAUGUUCAACAUCAUGCAGAUGGGCAUAGUCAGUCCAAUGGUGGGGAUGGUGAUGGGGAUGCCGAUGAUGAUGGCGGCGAUGCUGACGAUUACGAUGACUAUGAUGAUCGUAUACGCGCUGAAAUUUAUUCAAGUUAUCCGCAUUAUUUGCAUCCCCCCUCAUGGGGUCUCAAUAAUCCUCUGGUAUUGGCCUCGCACAGCCCUCAUACAUCCGAGGAUGAUGAUGUUAUUAUCGAAAUCGGCGGAGGAGGGGGCAGGGGGGCCACAAUAUCUCCGCCUUCGUCUUCUGCUGCAUUGACAUCGACAUCAUCGUCUUCGUCGUCGAUUUUAACUUAUGGCUCCCACACAUCCACCAUGGCGCCAGGUGUUAUCAUUCUCAAGCAUCAUCAGUAUGGAGCAAAGCAUUCACCACCCACUGCCAUUCACUAUGAGGAUUUGGAACAUUCCGUUGACGAUGUGGUAGUUGUGGUGGACACUGGUGGCUCACGUACUCAUAAAAUUGGUGGCACUGGAGCGUCCGGCAUUGCCAGCGGAGGUGGCAUAAGUAUUGGUAUUGGAACUAUUCAGACCACUGGUUUUGGCAUAGAAAAACCUGAUGACGAUGAUGUGCACGAUAUGCAUCGUCAGACCUAUUAUUCGCAUGCAAACGAUGAUAUUCUUUACAAACACAAUCAACAUCAUCAGCAGCCGCAGCAACAACAUUUGCCACAACAAAGACAAAAACAUCCACCGCCAACAUUUAAUGAUUUGCCAACAAGUACAGUGGCCACAAAUUUGGCCACUACCAGCAGCAGCACUACGAUCUUUGGCGAUGCCAGCAAAAGUGCAAUCUCUAGCACCAAGCACCAUAAAACACCAGCUUUUAAUGAAGAUUUUACCACCGGCAGCGAUUUGCCAACCCACCGCACCUAUGAGGGUGAAACCAUGGAAGAGAGAGUUCGAGUCAUGGGCAUGGACGAUAAGUUGCAUCAGAAAAUCUUCGAAGAUAAUUUGAGCCUAAUCGAUACACCAUUGAUAGCAACCACGAAUAGCAUUCACUAUCCCGGAAGUUUGGCGUCCAAUGGCUAUAGCACCUUGCAGGGCGUACUGCUAUAUCCAUUCAAUAUGAGCGAAUUCCAUCUAAGACACAUGGCGGCAAUGACCACGGCGAAUAGCAGAGAUUUGGAUAUCAUCGAUACGGAUAUCUAUAAUGGUGCGAAUAAUGGCAAAAGUGAUAUUUAUUAUCAAAGUGGUCAGGAUGUUGAAGUGGACCUCUCAACGGAAAUAAUCAAGCAACACUUUCAGAGUACCUGUCAUACAGCAUUGGAUACAUGCCGUGAUGAUCCGUCCUGUGCUUCGUCGCUGCAACCAAUGCUGCAGCAUUGUGAGAUGCAUCGUUGUAAUCGUAAUGCAUGCAUGACUUCAUUGCAGGCAUUUUACAAAGGGCCGCACGAGGACUUAAAUUUAGAUGUGGCCUUUUGUCUAUGCAAGAAAACAUCAAAUCGUCAUGACAGUUGUAUGAUUGCUCAGGAAAAACUACAUCCGGUUUGUGCACAAAGACCACCCGACAAUAGCAAUCAACAAAGCUAUACGCCACCGCCAUCGUGUAAUGCUGUGGCCGAGGCAUGCAAAGAGGAUCGUGAGUGCCGGCUUAAACUGGAAUACUAUGAACAGGCGUGUGCCGUUGAUAGUGUCACCAAGAAAUGUGCCGGACGUCCAAGUGGUUGUCGCACUGCCAUGAUUGGCAUACUGGGCACCACACUGCGCACCACUUGUGCCUGUCAUGGCAGCGAUCCCCAGUAUUUGUAUCAGUGUGUGGGUUGGCGGCGUCUACUAUGGAUGAAUCCUUGUGUGGUUGAAGCCCAAAAGGAUUUUCACAUGAAGCGUUUGGCCGAAAUGGGUUAUUUGACCACAACCUCUACGACCACCACAACCACAACGACGACUACCACAACCACAACAAGGGCUCCACCACCUCCUCCUCCGCCACCACCUACAACAACGACGACCACAACAACACAUCGGACGCCUCCACCGGUAAUACCACCGAAAUCUGGACGAAGGCCACCGUCAUAUCCAAAAGAACCAUCAGAGCCAUCAUCAUCAAUAGAGCAGAAUAUUAUCGAACAGCCCGUGUACAGCGGAAAUGAAGAAAACGGAAAUAGCGGAAAUGACGAUUAUCACAGUAGCAGCAGCAGCAGCAGCAGCAGUAGUAGUAGUAGUAGUAGUAACGGCAAAAGCAACGGCCACAGCAAUGGGAAUGGCAAUAGUGCCACUAACGGCAACGGCAACGGUAGUAUCCAUGGCAAUGGUAAUGGCGGCAACGGCAAUGGCAACAAUGAUAAAGCCAAAACGGCUCUGGCCAAUAUUAACAACAUUGGCGUUGGUGGUGGUCUUGGCAACGGUAUCGGCCGGGGUCGAUACAUCAAAAAUGGUCGCAACAGCCUGGGCAAUGGCAAACAUGCAACACACAAGGCAGCAUCCACAGCCGAUGAUAAUGGAAACGGAAACGGAAAUGGUCAUGCCAAUGGCAAUGGCCACGGCGCUAACGGCAUUAAUACAGCGGGAGUUGUUAGCAAUAAUGGCGGCCCUGGUGGUGGUGUUGGUGCCGUUGGCGGCAAUGGUGGUGCGGUAAUUGUCGAUUUCGAUGAUCAGACAAUUUAUGUUGAGGGUAUGGAAACAACAGAAUUUGCGGUUGAAUCAACAACCCAACCAACCACAACAACAAUGGCGACAACAACACAAGCACCAAGAAACUGUGUGGUUCAGAGGCCUCGUCAAUCGGAUCAGUUGAUACGCGAGGGAACAGGAAAAAGGAUUUACUCAUUGGACGAUGCUGAAUGCAGUGAAUUAUGCAGCUGUGGCGAAUCCCUAACACUCACCUGUCAUGCCCUAUGCGUGCCAUUUGCCCCAUGCCGCACCGCCUUGGCAUUCUAUAGUCAUGCAUCACCCGCGUAUCAAGCGUUUCGUGGUCGCUGCCUUUGCUAUUCUGGAAGUUUUAUCUGCAUGAAACCACCGUUGGGCGACUAUUCAUUACCGGGUGGAGUUUUCCUUAUGCUGGGCUACAGUGCCACCGAUGAAGCUUUGCUAAGACCCCACACCAAUUUGGGUGUACAGGAUGCUGUCAGAGCAUUGCAGCAGUAUGUUAACACAUACAUUGAUAAUCAGACUCAAUGUACAUUGACGCUGUUCAAUAUGACCGAAGAGAAUAUCAUAAUUGCAGCUAGACUACCACAUGAUGUUAAACUUAAAGCCAUUGAAUUGCUGAAAAAGGAAAAGGAUGAAUGCACCUCAGUGCUGCGCACCAUCAGUCAUCACAUCAAUUCGGAACAUCAUGAACUGCAAUCCCACCGACUUUUAAGCAUUUUCAAAAUGGCUGAAGUCGAAGUUGUUUGGCCAGAGAGUAGUGCGGCCACAAGUAGUCUUAGAUCUACAACAUCCACAUAUAGCUCAAGUCUCAACCUGCUGUUGAUGAUGAUGUCCUCGCUGAUAGUGAGCCUGGGUGUGACGGUGACACUGACAUCGUCACAAGUAAAUGACAUGCAGCAUGUGAGUAGACGAUAUAAGGUCACAAUGGCAACAUGACAUUAGAAUUAUUAAAUGAUUAGAUGGUAAUUAGGACUUUAUACACAAACCAGCAACAACAACAACAACAUACACACAUACAUACACAA